AUGUUCUCUAACAUCAUCCGCUCGGAACAACGACAUGGGGGAGACACAGUGACAGUCACCGAUCCUCGAACCCUCACCGAGCUAUGGCCGGUCUCAGUGGCCACGGAGAACGACUUAGACGAGGCGGUACAGGCAGCCCGUGAGGCCUUCCCCAUCUGGAAAGCCCGGCCUCUGGAAGAUCGACAGCAAUGUCUGCACCGGAUAGCAGAUGAGCUGGAGAAUCGACAAGACGAGCUCCGUCCUAUUCUUUUCCAAGGAGUCAGGCAAGUCGAGAUUCUGGCGAAUAUUGAGAUUGACGAUGCCUUGCGGUUCUUCCGGUUGGAUCCGUCCGAAUUGUCUCCACGUAUGGGCGUGGUCGGCGCCAUAUGCCCGUGGAACUUCCCGCUGGUGCUGGCGGUGGCCAAGAUAGCAGCAGCCCUGGUGAUGGGCAACUGUGUGAUCGUAAAGCUCUCCCCAAUGACCCCGUACGCGACUCUGAAAUUCGUCGAAUAUGCACUAGAUCUCCUUCCCAAGGGGGUACUCCAGGCGCUAAAUGGGAGCAACGAGGUCGGGGCGCGCAUGACCACCCAUCCGGGCAUCGACAAGAUCAGCUUCACCGAUUUCACCGCCACAGGCUGCCGUAUAGCAGAAAGCGCGGGGCGGUCGCUCAAGCGCGUGACCCUGGAGCUCGGGGGCAACGAUGCCAACAUCGUCUGCGCUGAUAUCGAAGUGGACGAGGUAGCCGCCCGAGUGGCCCAGGGGUGCUUUUUUUAUGCGGGUCAGAUGUGUGUGGCCAUCAAGCGAGUCUACGUCCACCGCGACAUCCUGCUGCAGUUCCGCUCCGCCUUCAUCGCUGCAGUUCAAAAGAUCGUCAUCGACCGCGCGGCCGAGCACUCCCCGCUAUUCAGCCCGCUGCAGAAUCGCAUGCAGUACCAGAUUGUUCAAGACUUCCUCGCUGAUAGCGCCAAACAAGCCCACACCUUCUCUGUGGGCGGCCCCGAUCGCGACGAGGAACCGCUGCCGGGGCUGUACAUUUCCCCAACCGUGGUGGACCGUCCGCCCGACAAUGCCCGCAUUGUCCAGGAAGAACAUCUUGGGCCCAUUAUCCCCAUUCUUGAGUGGUUCGACGAGGCCGAGCUCAUUUGUCGCGUGAAUGCCACCGAGAGCGGGUUGGGUGCCUGUGUUUGGGCGCUCGAUAUGGCGACGGCGAAGUGCAUUGCACGCCAGCUGGAGGUCGGAACGGUAUGGCUCAAUAAAAGUGGAAUCGGAGGUGAAUGGGGAUGUCAGGGUCUGCUGUCAUACUGCCAUACUCAAACCCUUUAG